AUGGGAUAUUCAUGGAAAUCGAAUGGUGCUAUGUGGAGCUCACAUAAUGCAUGGGUACGUCUACAAAUUGAACCUGUCGAGGUAGCAACUGACGAGGGGGGGAUUGUCUUUUCAUCGGUGCAGUCCGUUGUUCCUGGAGCUCAUGGUUUGUACUAUCGUGAAGGUGGACAACGUCGACCACUAGAAUAUGAUAAUAACACUGGUAAAAUACUAGCGCCAGCCAGUGGUUGGAGUGCACAGGAUAUCUACAUUCAUCUUGCUCAUGGUAGUAGGCAUGGGUCUCACUAUGCUGACUAUGCGAAAGCUUCACAACAAUUCGAGAAAAACAUCUCGGCUGUUCAAAAGUUGAUUGCGACGGCGGGACUGACUUAUGGAGCAAAAGUUCCGCGUGCUGAGAAGGCGACUCGUACCAGUUCACGAACCAGAGGAGUGAAAAGCGGUUUCGAGGCUCAGCCGGAAAACGUGCACAUCAGCGAUGAGAGCGACAACAACGCCGUCAAUCAACUUGUUGAACAGAAGAACAGGGAAAUUGAGAAAUUGUUAGAUGCAAAUGAGGAGCUCAAGUUGAGGAUGAAAGAACUGAAAGAAGAGUUGCGGGAUGAAAUGCGUCAUAACCUCGAACUCCAGCAAUCUAUUGAGAAGUCUCAUGUGCAAGAAAAUGAACAAUCCGUGAAGCCAUUAAGUGAAAGUGAAGAUGAUCGUAAAGAUUAUGGUGAGCAGCAAGAUGCCCUUGAAAUGGCCAAACUCACCAUCAUCGAAAAAGACGAAGAGUUGAGGCAAAAGGAUGAAGAAAUAGCUCAACUGCGCCUUCGAUGUGGCGAUUUGCAUCCGACUGUCGUUUCGCAACCAGACUUGUCUGAAGAAAGCAAAAAGAUUGCCUUGCUUGAAACCAAAAUUGCGGAUUUGUUGGAGGAGAAAACGCAGUUGAUUAAUAACGUCCAGAACGAGCAAGCCGCCAUUAUCGCCGAAAGGGAUCAACGCAUAUCACAGCUAGAGAUUGGGGAAAAAGAAGAAGAAAUCAACAACCUGCACAGUGUAAUUGCCGAUCUUCGGUCCAGUCUUGCAACUGCGAAAAAAGAAAAGGAGGAAAGCGAAUGGCAUCUUGGAGAACAUAAGGAAUGGCUAAGCAAUUCAAAAGAAAAGGUCGCUUAUCUGCAAAAUCAACUAAACCUUUUGAGCGAUCCUGAACGUCUAGCCCUACCACCACCAAAUUCUCCUAAAAUGAGAUCAGCUCUGGAAAACACUGAUGAGUCGGCCAAAGCUCAGAUUAGAUCAUUGGAGACGAAACUUCAAUUGGCCAACCAGUCCUUCAGGAACAGUGAAGCAGAACGGCAAAAAUACGAGCAGAUUAACCGGGAUACAAUGAAACAUGUCGUACAAUUGGAAAACGAGAACGGUCGUCUCAGAGGUAUCACUGAAGAGCUAUCGUCGAAGCUUCGUGAUUCUGCCUCCGUGCAGGUGUUGGAUGAAAAAGAUGCUCGUCUACGAGAUUUAGCCGACGAGCGCAGUCGGCUUCAAUGGAGAAUUGGCGAGCUGUGUCAGUGGUGGAGUGACGCGAAAUGGAAAAUUGGGGAGUUAGAAGCCGGUCUUGCCCAUCAACGACACUUGCUUGAAACAGCAAAUACCAAAAUUCAGAGUUUGAAUGAACAGUAUAGUGUGAAUAACGAAGCUGUUCGGAAAUAUAAGAUGCUUUAUUCACUGUCUCAUAUCGAUGUGAUCUCGAGCUUUAUAUUAUCUAUUGUUUUCAGAUCACCGCAACCAUCCACAACAUUCGUGAUGCCGCCAUCCUCAUAUUCAGUCAGCCAGAUUAAUCAGUGGCGUUUCGCCAAUACUUGUUUGCCAUCACCAGUUUAUGCGCUCACUCCUCUAUGCCACUCGCAUCUGUCAGCAUAUGAGACUAAAAGGGUUAAAAUUGAAAUAGAACAUGGAAAUCAACAGGAUAUCUUUCUUAUGGGAUCAUUUCUCGACUGGAAAUGGGCGUUAAGAUGUGAUCCGCUUGGUGAAGGAAAAAGUGGUGUAACUUUGGAUUUGCCUCGUGGCAGACAUGAAUUCCGAUUUCUGGUUGAUGGCAGAUGGCUCACAUCGUCAUUGCACACCAAGGUACCCAAUGGGUUCGGUGGCGACAACAACCUGCUAUGCAUUGAAUAG